AUGUUCGUCUUUCUGUCAGUGCUGGCCUCCCUGGCCUUUCUUUUUGCUCAGUUCGGUGCAUCCAAUGCCACCUACGAUCGUGCCAGCAUCAUUCUUGUCCCUGGAGCCUUCCACCAACCUAUUAUCUACGACAAGGUCACCCGCCUCCUCAACGACGCUGGAUAUCGAAGCAUCCACGCAAUUGCUCUGCCUUCCGUAGGAACCGUAAACAACAGUCGUGAUCCUGACAUCAAUGCGGUCCGUUCUGUCCUUGAGAGCGAACUUGCUAAUGGUAAAGAUGUACUCCUUGUCGGCCACAGCUACGGAGCAACAAUUAUCGGCGAAGCAGUCAAAGGGCUCCAAUCCGACUCCACACAAUCAAGCACGUUACUGAAACGCUUCUCUCUCUUCUGGGAUGGUGAUCUGGCCGACGCGCCACCACAGCUCAUCUUCUACAAUGAUCUCUCGACGCAACAAGCUAACUUCUGGGUCAACAAGCUCCUGUUCUCGGACUUUGCGGCGUUAUCGGCUCAUGCAACAUAUAUUCCGUAUACGGGAGAUUUCAAGUGUGUGUAUGUUAUGACGGCACUUGAUAACGCGCUUCCACCGAUUUGGCAGCAGACAUGGAUUGAUCAACCCGGUGCAUUGUUUCAGGUGGAGUAUGUGAAUGCGAGUCAUUCGAGUAUGUUGAGUAAGCCGAAGGAGGUGGCUGAGAUCAUUCGAAAGGCGGCUGGGGAGCAUAAUGUGAAAGGUUGA